CCUCCAACCUCCAACACUACAACAUAUCACCCCUUCACUUAGUACUCUCUUUACCUGGUCGCCGAUUUGACUACUAUCAUCGACGUACCCUUCCACGGAGGGUUCAUUCAAUUUCAUUCCACAUAACCUAACCCCAAGUCUCAGAAAUGGCUGAGGUUCAGGCACGAUCCCAGGCACCACCCUCUCGUGGUAGAGGUGGUGGCCGUGGUGGCAGAGGAGGUUUUGCUAGCCGCAACACCGCAAACCGACGAGCUAACGGCGAUAAGUCCACAGCUGCAGAUGCGGGCGCUUUCGAUGAUGAUGGCGAUGUCAGUGAGCUUCGAAAGCAAUACGGCAUAAAGUUAGACACUAUCAAGGAGUUGUUCCCAACAUGGUCCGACGCAGAUAUCCUCUAUGCCCUUCAGGAGACAGAUGGCGACAUCGAAGUUACUGCCACGCGAAUUGCGGAAGGCACGAUCUCUCAAUGGGGCGAAGUAUCUAAGCAGAAGAAGACUACCACUCGUCCUAAGCCCAAGGACGGCUCUACAUCGGCUAGUGUGGCUGAAUUGUCCGGUAAUGCUAGGCCCGCGCGUGGUGGCCGCUCGGACGGUGCGCGAGGUGGUCGCGCCCGUGGUAGUGAGAGAGGUCGCGGUGGCGGCAGAGGUCGAGCGACUUCUUCGCAUCCAGCUACUAAUGGUCAUCGUUUGAAGGAGAAUCAACAGCUCUCCGUUCCAACUGAAGAAUCAUCCGGCUGGGGAACUACUGCGAAUACUGCGAACGACGAUGCGACCACUAAUGACCCCAGCGCCCCAGCCUUGAGUCCGACCGAUCCCACCACCGAGCCUGCCAAGGCUACUACACCCACCAUACCUGCCACAAUUGCCACAACUUCUACCGAAUCUGCGCCCGCCAAAUCUAACGUCAUCCCUCAAGGCACACAGAAGACAUGGGCAAGUAUGCUGCGACAGUCAACUGCCCCGAAGCCCGUGUCGAAGCCUAAGGAAGCGCCCGCCCCUAAACCCACUGAAACAUUGGAGUCUCUUUCUUCCACCGAACCCGGAGCCACCGAGCCCGAAGCUCAGCCUGCAGUUGAGGAGGCACCCAAAGAAGUUGUCCAGCCGCCCGCACCUGUGGAGGCCCCCAAGGUAGUCGAGCCUGAAGUUGCUUUACCACCCCCCGAAGACGACUUGACCCGAGUAAACCUCGAACAGCUUCCCGAUGAAUCCAAGCCACCCACAACGGCUACGGCUGCUAGCACAGUUGCAGAUUCGUGGGAUUCCAGACAGCCUCAACAGAGCAAUGCUGCUACGCCGCUUUCCGCUUCUCAGGCCCAACACCAACCUCCACGUGCUGCAGCCAGCGGUUACGCGACGACCGCAAUUAAGGCGACCGAACGUCCUGCCCCGCGUAUGCCUAGUUAUCAAAAGCGUAUUCUAGAACAAGAGGAAGCUGUUCGAAUGCCUGGUAACCGGGAGGUUGACCGUGCUGCUGUGCAGUUUGGUGCUUUCAGCCUGAACGGUAUUGACGAUGAUAUUGACGGUGACCGCGAAGACCCCGAGACUAGAACUCAGCCGCCACCUGAAUCUCCCAUCGCAGUUCCCCGCGCCGCAUUGCCUCCCGUAUCUCAGCCCGCCGCAGUUCCAGACGCAUUCGUAUCUCAAAAGCCGGCUACGUCUCUUCCCCCGGCACCUGCUGCAGCUGCGACGCCCGUAGCCCCUCCAACCGGCCCCGCGGCUGCUCUAGCCCAGCCACCUCAAGCUCCUUCAAGUGCCCAGCAAUUUGGACGGUAUGGCCAGACGAACGCACAAGAACCGGCUGGCUUCCCGCAGAAACCGUAUGAUAACUUUGGCCAACAAGCCACCACCACUGCGGCUGCAAUCGAAAGCUUUCCAACACCUACUACCCAAGCAUCUGGGCCACAGACGACUGGCGCUUUCAGUUCUGCGCCCAGUGAUUAUUCAUCCUAUUACACCGCUGACCCCCAGAGCCGAAACUCGUACAACAAUUACUAUGGGCAGCAGCAAUACGGACAGCAUGGUGGCCAGAGUCACCACGAAACUUCAAACGCCCCGAACCGUAGCUUCGCCGGCUACAAUGCUAGCCAAAAUGACAGCCUUAGCCAGUACCCUCAAAGUGGCGCUCAACCAACCCGAUAUGGAGCUGCUGCCGCUGCUGCAGAGGCUCACAACAGCGGGCACAACACGCCGAACCCUAUUGGGCAAGGGGGCCAGCCAGCCACUGCGCAAACUAGCCAGCCGCAAUCCAAUCUGCACCAACAGCCACAGCACGCGAAUCAGUACCCUUACUCUCACCCUUACUACUCGAGCCCCUAUUACACCCAGUACAUGAACCAGUACGGUGCUAGUUAUAAUCCUUACAGCAAGGGCGGGCUUUAUGGGCAACCCCACCAGUACGGUAUGUCCCCACAGGGCCCUUACGACCACGGUUCUUCGCCCGCGACGAGUGGAUUUGGGCAAUCCUCGUUUGGGGGUCGUGAUAGCGGAAUAGGCUCUGGUAUUGACAGCUAUGGCCGUGCAGGUUCUGCACAGUCAGGUGCUCCUGCCGGUCUUGGUACCAGUGGGUUCGGCGGAAUGCACGACACUUUCGGACGCGGUUCAGGCUACCCAUCUCAGGCCGGCCAGUCAUUCAACGCACCGAACGCUCCUGCUUCCAACACUGGAUCGGGAAAUGACGAUUUGAAGCCCUAUGGCGACUCCAAGGUCGCUGGAGGUCCUAGCCCUUCUCUUGGUGCUGCAGCAAGACCGGGUUCUGCUACAAACACCACCCCUGCGGGUUCUGGACUUCCCCCUCCGCAGUCAGCCCAACAGGGCAUGGGCGGCUACGGUGCAUAUCCUAGUCACUUGAACCAUGGUCUGCAUGGGAACCAGUCUGCAGGUAGCGGAUACGGUCUCGCUGGCGCUGCCGGUCAAGGCCACAGUAACGCCCCGUAUGGAGGAUACGGGGCAAAUCAAGGGUUUGGGAACUACUACGGUGGCCGCCAGCAGCAAGGCGGCUGGGGUGGCAAUUACCAUUAGGUAUCGCGAAAGCCACCAGGCCACCGAUCUCAUGGGCGUGGACGAUCUCAUGGACGUCAGUAGGGAUUUUGGGCUAGAUCCAGUGAUGCUUCUAGACCCCGGCGGAUUGUUCCUUUACAUUGGUAACGAUGC